AUGUACUUGAAACUUGAAUUGUAUGGCCUACUUGAAUUGAAAUGGAAGAUGCAUGCGCUCCCGGAGUGACCCAACAAACAGUUAAUAAACUAUAAGAGCUGUUUCAUUUUGUUGGCAAAGAAAUCACUUCUCUCUCUCUCUCUCUCUCUCUCUCUCUCUCUUACCCAUCAUCCGUGCUGAUUGGUUUCCCGCAAAGAUAAUUACAGGCCAAAUCUGAUCCGGUGAAUGACAUGGACCGGAAUGAGCUCUCGCCCGGCUCGGAUGUUGUCACGAUGAAGAAAGCGGCCCAAAAGAGCGCGCACGCGUACCACUGCACCGGGAACAGCACCCCCAAGAGUUGCCUGGAGUUCAACUCGGAUGCCGCCGGUUCGAACCUGAAACCCAAUCACGUCGCCACGGAGGGGACGGACGACACGGAGAAGGAAUCCAAGUUUCAGCAUCCGCGGCUGAGGAGAGCUGGAGGAGCGAGCAGCGUUCAGAUUAAGAGCUGCACACCGGGAGGAGGAGGAGGAGGAGGCGCGUCCAGGAGCUCCGCUUCCACUGAUGUGCGCCCGGGUGAUGCUGAUGCUGCUGCUGCUUCUGGGGGUCGCCACGACACUGUUAAGGGCGGAGGAGGAGGAGGCAAAGCGUCUACUGUAGUGGCCACAGUGACGGUAGAGGCUUGUAAUGCUGCCGAGGGUGACGGGAAACCUUCAGCACCGCUUCCCAGCAUGAAAUGCAACAAGAACGGGGGGUGCAGGCGGGUCUCCGGCACCGGGAGCCUCCGGUCCAUCAUGUCCAAGCCGGACGGGAGCAAGCGGGCAGCGUGCAAUUCAAUGACCAGCAUGGACGCGACCAGCACGCAGGGGCAAGACGCCUCGAACCCCGGGAUCCCGGAGAAGAAGGAUUCCAAAGUGUCCUUUUCCAACGCCUCCAGUCGGAAAGCCUCGUCCUCCAUCUUCGGCGCGCAGCAGCAGCCCCGGAACUCGGUGACCUUCCUCAAAUCUGAGGAUGGAGCUCAGGAGGACGGCGAGACCCGGGGCAGCCAAGCGAGUUUCAUGCAGCGGCAGUUCAGUAGCAUGUUGCAGCCCGGGGUCAAUAAAUUCUCCCUGCGCAUGUACGGGAGCCAGAAGGAGGUGGAGAAGGAGCAGGAGCGCGUGAAAUCGGCGGGUAACUGGAUCAUUCACCCCUACAGCGACUUCAGGUUCUACUGGGAUUUCACCAUGCUUCUCUUCAUGGUGGGCAACCUGAUCAUUAUUCCCGUCGGCAUCACCUUCUUCAAAGAGGAGACGUCCACGCCAUGGAUCCUCUUCAACGUGGUCUCUGACACCUUCUUCCUCAUGGACCUGGUGCUCAACUUCCGCACAGGCAUCAUUAUAGAGGACAAUUCCAACAUCAUCCUGGACCCUAAGUCCAUCAAGAAGAAGUACCUGAAGACCUGGUUUAUUGUGGACUUUGUCUCGUCCAUUCCGGUGGAUUAUAUCUUCCUGAUAGUGGAGCAGGGCAUAGACUCGGAGGUGUAUAAGACGGCUCGAGCGCUGAGGAUUGUGCGUUUCACUAAAAUCCUGAGCUUGCUGAGGCUGCUGCGUCUCUCUCGUCUUAUCCGCUACAUUCAUCAGUGGGAAGAGAUCUUCCACAUGACGUAUGACCUGGCGAGCGCAGUGAUGCGGAUUAUUAACCUGAUAGCGAUGAUGCUGUUGCUGUGUCACUGGGACGGAUGCCUGCAGUUUCUGGUGCCCAUGCUGCAAGAUUUCCCCUCCGACUGCUGGGUCUCCCUCAACAAGAUGGUGAACGACACGUGGAGUGAACUGUACUCAUUUGCCGUGUUUAAAGCCAUGAGUCACAUGUUGUGCAUAGGUUACGGUCGUCAAGCUCCAGAGAGUCUCUCUGAUAUCUGGUUGACGAUGCUCAGCAUGAUCGUCGGUGCCACCUGCUACGCUGUCUUCAUCGGACACGCCACGGCCCUCAUCCAAUCACUGGACUCCUCACGACGCCAGUACCAGGAGAAGUACAAACAAGUGGAGCAGUACAUGUCCUUCCACAAACUUCCAGCAGAUUUCCGACAGAAAAUCCACGAUUACUAUGAGCAUCGUUACCAGGGUAAGAUGUUUGAUGAAGAAAGCAUCCUAGAGGAGCUGAACGAGCCGCUCAGAGAGGAAAUCGUGAACUUCAACUGCCGGAAGCUGGUGGCCUCCAUGCCCCUGUUCGCCAACGCCGAACCCAACUUUGUGACAGCCAUGCUGACGAAACUCCGUUUCGAGGUCUUCCAGCCAGGCGAUUAUAUCGUCCGUGAGGGGACCAUUGGCAAGAAGAUGUACUUCAUCCAGCACGGCGUGGUGAACGUGAUCACCAAAGGAACAGUUGGCUUGAAACUUUCCGACGGCUCCUACUUCGGAGAGAUCUGUCUGCUGACGCGAGGCCGUCGUACAGCGAGUGUGAGAGCGGAGACCUACUGUCGUCUGUAUUCGCUCUCCGUGGACAAUUUUAAUGAGGUUUUGGAGGAGUAUCCCAUGAUGAGGAGGGCCUUUGAGACUGUGGCCAUUGACCGACUGGACCGCUUGGGAAAAAAGAAUUCCAUCCUAAUGAACAAAGUGCAGCACGACUUAAACUCCGGCAUCUUAAACAACCAUGAGAACGAGAUGAUCCAAGAGAUCGUGAAGUACGAUCGCGAGAUGGUGAAGCUGAUUGACCUGCAGCGCCCACGCGCCAUGUCUAUGACGGCCUCCAUCCCCGGCGGGUUCUUUGCUCCACCUGGCCAGUCUCAGGGCGGCAGCUCUGCCAUCGCUUCUCUACAGCAGGCAGUGGCGAUGAGCUUCUGUCCCCAGUUUGGUCCGAUGGUGGGUCCCAGCACCAUGCAGUCACCCAGGAUGGUCCGACGUUUCCAGGUAGUGCAAAACAUUGCUAGCCCGGUGACGGUUUCUCCACAACAGUCUCAGUCGGCACUUGCCGCACUCGCCGGUGGCACUAUGGCCAGUCUGCCGGUUCAAAGCCCGCUAGCGGCAGUGGGUGGCCGAACUUUCCAGUACGGGAGCGGACCAAUGGGCACAUGCUCCGGAUCUCAACUGUCCCUCAUCCAGCAACAGCACCUCCCCAGUCCCACACGGCCCAAAGGAACCCAACCAUUGCAACAAACAGGGAGCCUGACACAGGAUGCCAGAACCCUGUCAGCUUCCCAACCCUCCCUGCCACAAGAUGGCGCACCACCCGUCGCACCCAGCCCACCACCGUCGACCCGUGUCUCCUCAAUGUCGAUCGGCCCAACUCAAGCACCCCAUCCUGCCAUCCCGGGGCCUUCUGGGGUCCGAAGUGCAGUGCUUCAGAGAAUGGCGCUCCCCCACCAAGCCUCAGCAGCCGCAGUUGGGAAUUACCCAUCCACGCCGGCCCCUUCAGGCACUCCACCCACCGUAGUGGGACCAGACUCGGCUAUACGCAAGAAAGAUUCCAUAGUCAGCCUUCCCGAGACGGACUUCCCAGCCAGAUCCCGGCUAUCGUCCAACCUCUGACAAGAACUCUGAGACUCUUUGCGAUACUUUUUGUGAGUCACAGUUCGUUCUUUUUGCUCGAGUCCCGUGCUUGUAGGGUGGCUUUUCAUAGGAAACAAAGGGAGGGUGUUCAGACAGACUUAAGGUGUGGUCACAUUUACUGAAAUAUUGCCUGACGAAAAUCAUUCCAGUAGGAAUCCUCGCAAACGUGGGUUUCACGUUGGCAAAUAUCGCUAAUGUGACCUCACCUUUAACGCUAAUAGAUUUAACGUCUCUGCUAAGAAUUGAUUCACGAGGUUGGAUGCCUCGCUAGUGUAGCUAGUGCCGCCCCUGUACAGCUUCUGAUGCCUCUUAAUAUAUUUGUCUUUAUUGUCUCGAGUGAAAGGGAGAAAUCCUGUCGUGUGUUACGUGGUGUUUUCCGUAGAGUUCAUACAAUGCAAUCGGGCGAUUAGAAAAUCAGGGACUUGCAAGAGAUGACAAUGAUCUGACACUUUGCAAAAGUGUUUUGGAACGUCUUCAUUCUUUCUGUAUAAGCUCUACUCGUAGCAAUCUAAUUAUCAGUCUUUCAUUUUGUUGUAAAAUAUAGCAAAAAAAAAAAAUAUAU